UUUAAGGUAAAUCCAAAGGAUUUAGAUUCAAAAUAUGCAUACAUUCAGGUUACACAUGUAGUUCCUUACUUUGAAGAAAAAGAGUUGCAAGAAAGGAAAACAGAUUUUGAAAGGACUCAUAACAUUCGUCGCUUUAUGUUUGAGAUGCCUUUCACUCAAGCUGGCAAAAGACAAGGAGGAGUGGAAGAGCAGUGUAAACGACGGACAAUCUUGACAGCUAUACAUUGCUUCCCAUAUGUGAAGAAACGCAUUCCAGUAAUGUACCAGCACCACACCGAUUUAAACCCCAUUGAAGUAGCCAUUGAUGAAAUGAGUAAGAAAGUUGCAGAACUCAGGCAGCUUUGUGCUUCAGCUGAAGUAGAUAUGAUCAAAUUGCAGCUGAAGCUACAAGGGAGUGUCAGUGUUCAGGUUAAUGCUGGUCCAUUAGCAUAUGCACGAGCCUUCUUAGAUGACACGAACACCAAAAGAUACCCAGACAAUAAAGUGAAGCUACUGAAGGAAGUGUUUAGGCAAUUUGUUGAAGCUUGUGGGCAUGCUCUUGGUGUGAAUGAGCGACUUAUAAAGGAAGAUCAGUUGGAAUAUCAAGAAGAAAUGAAAGCCAACUACAGAGAAAUGGCAAAAGAGCUUUCUGAAAUAAUGCAUGAGCAAAUUACUCCGGUUGAAGAAAAGGCCAAUGUUAUGCCCAAUUCGCUACACAUUUUCAACGCCAUCAGUGGAACUCCAACAAGCACAACAGUUCAUGGGAUGCCCAGUUCUUCUUCAGUUGCAUGAUUGUUUUGUAAAGUACGGUGGGGCUUUUUUGUUGGAUUUAGUUUUUUCUUAGGUGUGUGGAUUUGCUUCGUUGUGUGCAGACUCAGGAUGAUUUUGAAGCUAAAUGUUGGGCACAUGCAAGCUGCAUAAUGCAUAAAAAAGUCUGAGCACACUUAGAUAUCAAUGCAGACAGUGAUAAGCAAAUAGCAGUUACUGGUAUAGUCCUUUAGAAUAAGUAAAGGAGGUGCACAUAUAGUUUUUAAUCUUCCUGGUAACACUUAAAAGCAUUCACAGUGUCAUCACAGAAGUGUGUGUUGAGAAAUUAUCAAGUUGAAGUUAAUUUCUGCUUUUCAUUAGAAAGUAUUAUUAAGAUGAAUUGCACAUUACAAAAAGUGUUGUGGGAUGUAAUUUUGCAGAUAUGUAACAUUCAGGUGUUCUUUUUUUGUGUAUGGCACAUAGAGAUUGAUUCCAAGUACAGGAAUUAUUUUGGGACUAGACAGAGACACUAGUUUUUUGGGUUUGAUGAAACUGACAGUAGUAGUUUUUGUACCAUUUGGCAAAUUGUUGUGCUUUAUUUUAUACCUUGUUGCAUUUUGGAAGUAUGUGAGCUUGGAUCUUGAACAACUGAAUACAACCAAAGGUCUGUAUUAAUGAACAUGGAGUUACACUAAACUAUCAGUAGUAGUAAACUGUUAUGUACAUAUUGUUUGUUAAUACAGUCCAUACAGUCUGUACAUAAAUGUAUUACAUUUCUAAGCAUUUUUAAUAUUCAUACCAGCUCUUUUCCUGCUUUCAGGUUAUUGUGAAAAUUUGCUCAUUCCAAGUAUAUGCAGACUUUACUGUUCAUUUAUUCAUGUAUAUAAAUAAGUGCAAUAUAAAGAUGUAUACAGUCUUUGCUAUGUUAGGUUUAUAUGCAGUUAUUAAAAGAAAAAGUACUUUUUUGCCAAAGCGAUGGAGUAUGUAAUUGCUGAUCAUGGUUCCUGUGGUAAAUGGUGGUAUAAUUUAAAGCUUUUUCCAUAUUCUUAUUCUUUUAAGACAUUAAUUUAGUAAUUUUAUAUUUGGGGGAAAUAAAGGUUUUUAAUUUUAUUUAACUGGAAGCACUGUCCUGCUGUAAUUAAACAUUCUGUACUACAUCUAUAUUAAAAGAAAAAAAGUAGUUACUUUUC